CUUAGCUUAUCCAUGGUAGAACUACCGGAAGUGAGGCUCUCCGUGCUAGUAGAUCAUAUUCUAAUAAUUUUCUUAAUUGGGAAAGAAUAAUGAGAAAGAUACGACUGUUUGGAGACGGAGCCUCCGGCAUAGGCUCCUAUUCAGGUGAAACGCCAACGGCUCAAUGGAUAGCCAAGGCGAGAGGAUGGCAUGCGAAUAUAUAAGGGCAAUAGUCUACGCAGGGCGAGAGGAAACAUGAUUACAUUAUAGGCCCCUAGGAAACUUGUUAGUUGAGUGUGAGCUCUUCAAACUAUCAAUAUGGCAAACUCGACUACUCACACUACCCGCGACGGGUUCCAUUGGACUAAGGAGGGCGGCCUAGCAGCAGGCGUCCAUUCAGUUGGCGUAGUCCAGCCACCUUCGAACUUGAUAUCUACCGACCAGAAAGACCCUUAUGAUGCGGUAAUCAUAGGAGCGGGCUACGCAGGAUUGACCGCUGCUCGUGAUCUUUCAACCGCUGGCUACAAAGUUCUGCUUCUGGAAGCACGAGACCGUAUCGGCGGUCGUACCUUUUCAACUGACAUCGAGGGCUACCCGUUCGAGCUGGGUGGAACUUGGGUACACUGGUAUCAGCCGUUUGUCUGGCGGGAACUUUCCCGAUAUAAUCUUACGAACGAACUCGAGAUCUCGCCUAGCUUAGAAGGUGGUAAGACUAUCAUUCGGGUAGGGAAUGAUACUAUCACCUUGGGCCACGAAGAAGAGUUUGCGAAGCUCGAGGCCGUACUCAACAAGUUCGUUGACGUCGACGGGCAGCGCGGCCGCGCCGUCAUCCCAUUCCCUUAUAACCAGCAUUUCAACACCGAGGCUCUCGAGCGCUUCGACAAGAUGUCUAUAGCCGAUCGGAUCGCGGAGCUAGGAGACCAGCUCGAGCCGAUAGAGCGUGCUAUCUUAGAAGUGUACUUUUCUGUCCUCUGUGGCAGCGAUCUAAAAGACGCCUCGUUUUGGGAAGUUCUGCGCAGCUGGGCGCUCGGCGGAUAUAACUGCAUGGAUUUUCUGGCUGCAAGUGCGGCUUUCAAGCUGGCGCGUGGACAGUCGUAUUUCGCUCGGCGGUUCUUUGACGAGGCCGCGGGUACCGGUCAAUUGAGCUAUAAGUUCUUGAGCACAGUAUCCGCGGUGGCUGAUCACGGGGACCAAGUCGAGGUGUCAGUACGCGACGGGACUGUUUUUAAGGCCCGACGACUAAUCUGCACUGUACCGCUUAACGUUCUGAAGGACAUCUCGUUCUCCCCAGCUCUCCCGGCAGCUAAACUUGCAGCAUCAGAGAAAGGGCACAUCAAUUUCGUCGUCAAAGUCAACGCAGAAACCCAGGGCCCAUAUCUCCGGUCCGUCAGUGCCCUUACACAUCCCGCCGGAGGUCUAAACUAUAUGUCCGGCGAUGGCAUGACACCCGCUGGUAACACGCAUAUCGUGGGUCUUGGCACGAGGUUACAGCCGAAAGAAGACCCAGAAGCUUCGCUCUCGGCCUUCCGUAGCCUCGCCGACGGCACAGUCGUAGAACGUCUUGUCUUCCACGACUGGAACGAAGACGAGUUCUCCAAGGGCACCUGGGCGUGGCUGGGACCGGGCAUGGCCACAAAGUACCUUACCACGCUCCGAGAAAGGCACGGGAACGUGUUAUUUGCGAGCGGGGACUGGGCGGCGGGCUGGAGGGGUUGCAUUGACGGCGCUAUUGAGGAGGGAGGCAGGGUGAGUAAGGAGGUGUUGGAUGAGCUAAGGGCCAUGAGGAACUGAUAUGAGUUCUUAUUAUGGGAUCGGCAUUACGCUGACGCCAGCUACCUCGUAUGACAUGUGUUAGUCAUGCUAUAUUAUAAUUAGGAGGACGAGCAAUAGGCUACUUUUACGACUGACUAUAGACGACCGGACUUUAUCUGCUCGGUAACUAUAACUACCUUAACUAAGUAGUUGUCUCUAGUUACGUGUCCUUAAGGCUUACGUAGAUAUAUAGUAAUAGCGUAAUAAUUAAGUCUAUUUGAAG